AUGCAAGCCGCAGACGCCGCCGCCAACUUCGACCGGUUGCUGGACGACACAGAGCCGACAUUGCUGGACUUCCUCGACUCGCUCGGCGACGGAGAUGCGAGUAUCGAAGCGGGACCCGACGCGCAGCCUGUCACUUCUACCAAGAGCAAGGCGAAGACGAAGUCGAACACUUGGCGACAGCGACAGCGAGUAGAAGUCCUAAGGCUGCGAGAGGAGGUGCAGCAACUGGAUGCAGGGCUCAAGAAGCUGAAGUUGGCCGCUGGAGUGCGAUCCACAGUGCCUCUCGUCGCCAGCAUUGCUGCUGCUCCGCACAACAACAAGCGCCCAGCAGUGAGGAAGCUGCUGCAUGAAUGCAGGUGA